AUGGGUAAUAACCAACCGGGUGACGGGUUUUGGUCCAAGGUAUUGACCAAGUUUCUCGCCAUGAUGGACCAAGGCCCGUAUAGAGAUAUCGACUCGGUUUCCUCGAAGUGGCGAAAAUUGAACUCGAGCGUUAAUCGGUUUUGCGAGGAGUAUAACAAAUUAUAUACAAGUGACCGUCGUAGCGGGUGGAACGACGAAGAUGUGUUCAAAAUGGCAUUGGAAAAGUAUAAGCAAAAUAAUCAUGGUUCCAACUUUCCUCACGUUCGCGCGUGGAUGGUUCUAAAAAACGACCCAAAAUGGGCGCCCAUUCCUAACGAGGUGGCGAUGGCGAAACGCCAAAAAACUUCGGAAACGGGUAGUUUAAGCGCCGGUGGAUCGGACGCGAGGUGUCACAUUAACUUAAAUGAUGACGCCGACUAUGACGAAGACGAGUAUAACGUACGUGAGCCCGAGCGUCCACCGGGCCGAGACAAAACAAAAAAGGAGCGGGCCAAGGGAAAAGGAAAGGAAACGGUGGACCCGAACAUGGUUGAGUUUAUGGAACACCUAAAAGUGUACAACGACAUCUCGGCCCAAAAGACGAAGGCGAAGGAGCGGGCCGUCGAAGAAAAAAGUCGUGCAUCGGACGAAAAGUUAAAAGAGAAAGUCCGAUUGUCGAAUGAGAAAAUCCGAAUCUCCGAUGAAAAAAUUCGGCUUAAGGAAUGA